GGUGGGAGGAGGGUCGAGUCCCAGGAGCCUGCGGCUGGCUCUCAGUUAGCCCCCGAGGUCAGAAGAGCGAGGUCCCGCAACGCGCAGAGUCGCCCGCCAUGAGGGAGAUCGUGCACAUCCAGGCGGGCCAAUGCGGGAACCAGAUAGGCACCAAGUUUUGGGAAGUGAUCAGCGAUGAACACGGUAUCGACCCGGCUGGAGGCUACGUAGGUGACUCGGCGUUGCAACUGGAGAGAAUCAACGUCUACUACAAUGAGUCAUCGUCUCAGAAAUACGUGCCCAGGGCUGCCCUGGUAGACUUGGAACCCGGCACCAUGGACAGUGUGCGGUCUGGGCCUUUUGGGCAGCUCUUCCGGCCUGACAACUUCAUUUUCGGACAAACCGGUGCAGGGAACAACUGGGCAAAGGGUCAUUAUACAGAAGGAGCAGAACUGGUGGAUUCGGUGCUCGACGUGGUGAGGAAAGAGUGUGAGCACUGUGACUGCCUGCAGGGCUUCCAGCUCACCCACUCCCUGGGAGGAGGAACAGGGUCGGGCAUGGGCACACUGCUCAUCAGCAAAAUCAGAGAGGAGUAUCCCGACAGAAUCAUGAACACCUUCAGCGUCAUGCCCUCCCCCAAGGUCUCGGACACGGUGGUGGAGCCCUACAAUGCCACCUUGUCAGUACACCAGCUGGUGGAGAACACAGAUGAGACCUACUGCAUCGACAAUGAGGCCCUGUAUGACAUCUGUUUCCGCACCCUGAAGCUAACCACUCCAACUUAUGGAGACCUCAACCACCUGGUGUCAGCCACCAUGAGUGGGGUCACCACCUCACUACGCUUCCCGGGCCAGCUCAACGCUGACCUCCGAAAGCUUGCUGUGAACAUGGUCCCUUUCCCCCGCCUCCACUUCUUCAUGCCUGGCUUUGCCCCCCUGACAGCCAGAGGCAGUCAGCAGUACCGGGCCCUGACAGUGCCCGAACUGACUCAGCAAAUGUUUGAUGCCAAGAACAUGAUGGCAGCCUGUGAUCCACGACAUGGGCGCUACCUGACCGUGGCCACUGUCUUCCGGGGCCCCAUGUCCAUGAAGGAGGUGGACGAGCAGAUGCUGGCUAUCCAGAACAAGAAUAGCAGCUAUUUUGUGGAGUGGAUCCCUAACAAUGUCAAGGUGGCUGUGUGCGACAUCCCUCCUCGAGGCCUCAAGAUGGCCUCCACCUUCAUUGGUAAUAGCACAGCCAUCCAGGAGCUGUUCAAGCGCAUCUCGGAGCAGUUUUCUGCCAUGUUCCGCCGGAAGGCCUUCCUGCACUGGUUUACAGGAGAGGGCAUGGAUGAGAUGGAGUUCACAGAAGCGGAGAGCAACAUGAACGACCUGGUGUCUGAAUACCAGCAAUAUCAAGAAGCUACAGCCAAUGAUGGUGAAGAAGCUUUUGAAGAUGAUGAAGAAGAGAUCAAUGAAUAGAAGAGUGCCCCUGUGUCAAAUAUGACAAUGCAGAUUUUCUUUAACUUUGAUGUGUCUUAAUUGUAAUGGCCAGCAAAUGAUGAACUGGUCUUAAUGUAUGGGUGCAUGUCCCUCCCAAAUGCAAUAAAAUUGUACCGUCAUCUAGAAUAAAGAAAGCACAUUCAAAAAGAAGAGAAUUGGCAGUCCAACCCAGCAAGAUCAGACUAGCAACAUUUUCUACAGGAGGAUUUAAAAGAAAUAAUGGGCCACCAAUAAGGGGCUAAACAAAUAAACCUCACCUUCUAUAAGAGUUCAAUCAUGUCUGAGAAUUAGCAGAGAAGUGUUUUUUUAUCCUUUGAAAUGAAGCUGUGCAGUGUUGCCUUAUAUUGAAAAUGCAAUAUUAACCUUUGAAACAAUUUAUUCAUAAUAAAAAUUUUGUUUCUU